AUGGCCAUCUUGAUCUCUUCUGUGGAGAAGUAUGCCGCAACUGUCUCAUACAAGGCAACCUCAGUCACUAUUCCCUGCCUUCAACCCUUUCCACUGCAUGUAGAUCUCAAUGAUCCAGUUUUCGUUGCUUGGUCGGAAUGGAAUUCCAGGAUUGGAGUACCACGAGAUGUCUUUGCUGCCAUUGAGACAGCGCAUAUUCGUUGUUGUGGGGAUAAAAAGGCGCAGCCACUAGCCUCUCCCACUGUCAAACCUUGCUCAACUUCUACAACCACUGCUAAGCUUGCUCCUGCCUUCACUGUUCAAGUAUCAAGCACCAAUGGAGGCAACAAGAUGUUAGUUAGAGUAUACACAAUGGAGAUGAUGUGGAUUCAUUUCGACACAUACUUUGUGGAUGAAGUGCAGGGUUUAUUUGGUGCUUUGAACUACAUCAUCGACACUAUACACGACAGUGUUGAAGGUCAUCCUCACCUCUGCUGCAUUGUCUGUAACUUAAUAAGCAAUGGUGAUGACUGCAACAUCAUGAUGUUGCUUAACCACAGAGGCCUCAUUGGCUCCUUGUACUACUCAUCCCCGCCAGGAGAAGCCAUAUUCGUUCCUGCAACUGCAUCUGUUGUCAUUAAUAUGCCUGAACGUCGUUUCAUAGGCAACUUCUAUGCUUAG